AUGCGCUUCUCGGACCCGAGUCCCGCAGGGAUGUGGACACCGCGGCUCAGGUUUAAAGGCGGACCGUUCAAGGAGCACACAGGGCGGAUCUGUGCGCAGCGGGGUCGCUUAAGGCGGAGCAAGACAAACACUGGGGAAAGAAGGGGAGAGAGAAAUGCUGAAAUCACAGAUCUGUGGUCCUUCGGCUCUGUACCAUUAUCAGCUGCGGAAGUGUUCAGGCAGCUCACCUGUGAGGCGCAUCUGACGCUGUCCGUGGUGCUGAAGAACUACACCUGA